GCGAGCUCCGUCCGUUUUCAAGGACGCUGCUUUCGACGCCGCCAGCUGGCUCUCGAGCCUUUGCCGAUGUACACUCAUUUCUCAACCACCGCCCUCGAGCAGAAAGACCAUGCGCGGCUUCACACUCGCGCUUCUGUGCGCUUCGGCCGCGAGCCAAUACACGGGCGAAGGCACGACGUACGGCCCGCCCGACGGCGGGGACAGCGCGUUUACCGGUAACUGCGCGCUCAUGAAGCCGCUUGACUUUGCGCCCAAGUUCCACGCUGCGAUCAACGACGCCCAAUGGGGCGAAGGUGUCAACUGUGGUCGUUGCGUCGCCGUCCAGUGCACCGACCCGCGCUGCACAUCGUCGGCGCAGGUCGUGGGCCAAAUCACCGACCGGUGCCCCGAAUGCAAGUUUGGCGACCUCGAUAUGUCCCUACCGAUGUUCAACUCGGCCACGGGUCUCUACACCGACCGGCCCAAGAUCAAGUGGAGCUUUGUCGACUGCCCCGUCUCCGGCGGCGUCCAGCUCUGCGCCAAGAGCGGCAGCUCCAAGUUCUGGCUCGCGGUGCAGGCAAGUAACGCUGUGAACGGUAUCAAGAGCAUGAGCAUCAACGGCCAAGCCGCACCGCUCUUUGGCGGCACUGCAUACUACUUCAAGUCGCAAGUCAAUGGCGUCGACCUCAGCGAAACGCAGAUCACAAUGACGUCGUUUUCGGGCGACUCGAUCACGACGACAGUCUCGCUCGAAGCGGACAAGUGCACACAGAUCUCGCAUCAGUUCAAGACGGGCGGCAACGACAACGUGGCGCCGCAACCCCAGCCGUCGCCAUCGCCAAGCCCGAAGCCGUCGCCAAGCCCGCAACCGGUGCCCAGCCCAUCGCCAAGCGCGCAGCCGUUGCCGAUCCCGCAGCCGUCGCCGAGUCCGAGCCCGCAGCCGAGUCCAUCGCCGUCGGUUGUCCCGUCUCCGCAACCGAGCACCACCCCAUCCCCGACGUCGUCGACACCAACGACAACCUCGGCCACUCCGUCGACUACGUCGCGUGUCACAACGACGCCGGCUACCACGACGACCAGUGUGCCCAGCAGCGGGUCCGAGGCAACUGAAUCGGCAACGCUUGCGCCAACCACAAGCACCUCGCCGGAUGCCACCGUUGCGCCGACGGGCGAGAGUGCGAUCACUCGUCCGGAUACGGCACCGACCGCAGCACCGUCGAAAUCAGCUUCGACGCAAUCUCCGUCGAAUGCGACGGAGGUCAGCAACCAGUCGAGCGCCGACGGUCCGAGCGUCGGCAGCGUGAUCGGCUACGGUCUCAUCGGUUGCAUUGUGAUCGCGGGCGUCGUUGUCGGUGUCGUCGUUACCAAGGCGCGCCGGAAGAUCGAUGAGGAAAAGGAGAACGACCGGCUCGAGCUCGCGAGCUCGCACGCCAACAUUGCCGUCCUCUAAGUCGUUGCCCAAGCAUAAUUUAGCUGAUUUAUCACC